AUGGAUUAUUCUUUCAAAACAAAAUGGUUAAAUGAGACACCGUCGUCAUCAGCAAUUCUUCUUGAUCGUUCAUCAGUUCAGAUUCAACGACAACCUGCAAAAAUUCGUCAUUAUUUCGUGCUCUCGCUGUUUUCCGCUCUUUGUCUAUGUCCAGUAACAGGACUCAUUGCGCUGGCUUAUUCCAUCAAAAGUUCGGCAAAGGCUGAUGUGAAUUUCCAUGAUAAAGCGCGUCUUUAUUCACGUCGUGCCCUAUGGUGGAACAUUGUAUCGAUUGUUCUCAGCAUUUUGUCCACUAUUUUGGUAAUGCUCUACUUCUAUCAUCUGGCUAUAAUCAUCCAAACUUUCCGUUCUCGUAUCGAUCAACAAUCGUUGAUGAACAAUUUCAAUGCAUUUCCUGAUUCCAUGAAUAACAAAAGUUUUUAUCUGCAUACGCAUACUAUCAAUUUACUGAGCCUCUGUGUACAACCUUUAAUUGAACACGCGUGCGAAAAGAACGUUCGAUAG